AUGCAGAACCUGUCGCGCUGCAAUCCCACUUUUCAUCUUGAUAACUAUAAGCUUUUCCAAGGGUUGGCUGCUACAGGUUUCUCCUUGGCCCCCAGUGACAACCUUUUCCUCACUGUUGCAGUGCCCAUCUACGUGCCAUUCCUUAUUGUUGGAUCUGUAUUUGUUGCCUUCAUCAUCUUGGGGUCCCUGGUGGCAGCUUGCUGCUGCAGAUGCCUGCGGCCCAAGCAGGAGCCCCAGCAGAGCCGAGCCCCUGGGGGCACCCGCCUGAUGGAGACGAUCCCCAUGAUCCCAAGUGCCAGCACCUCCCGGGGCUCCUCCUCCCGCCAGUCGAGCACCGCCGCCAGCUCCAGCUCCAGCGCCAACUCGGGGGCCAGAGCCCCGCCGACCAGGUCCCAGACCAACUGCUGUUUGCCAGAAGGGACCAUGAAUAACGUCUACGUCAACAUGCCGACGAACUUCUCGGUGCUGAACUGCCAGCAGGCCACCCAGAUCGUGCCGCACCAGGGCCAGUACCUGCACCCCCAGUAUGUGGGCUACGCUGUGCAGCACGACUCGAUGCCGCUGACACCGGUGCCCCCCUUUCUCGACGGUUUGCAGAGCGGCUACAGGCAGAUCCAGUCUCCCUACCCACACACCAACAGCGAACAGAAGAUGUACCCAGCUGUGACUGUGUAGCGCUGACGCCUUCCUCCCCCUCCACACCCAGCAGAUUUUAAUAUCUAAACUGAACGGAGGAGAAAUACUUCCUCGGAACGAAGCUCCCAGAACAUCACUUGUAAAUAAUUUUGAAAAGCCCGUGCAUGUCAGACAGUGUUUAUAAACCAUUUAUUUUCAUCGGAGUCCGUUGCCAGAAACUGUAGGAUGAUAUCUCUGAAUUAACGUUGCCAGAUACACUCUCAUUCCAGUGCAUGAUUUACAGCGGUGAAGGAUUAUGCUGAAAAUGCAUAUGUAUUUCUGAUCGCUGUGCUUGCAAGAUAAAUGCCAGAGCCAUUAAGUGCCCUUCAGGUAUGACAUGGUCAGAAGUAUUUGCCUAAUUAAUUUGUAGAAAGGUUUUUGUUACACUGUACAAGACCACAGUACUUAAGAAACCUCUUCUCUCUUCUCCCAGCUCCUUAAUGACAUUUCCCGUUGCUUUACAGACAAUCACAACUGAGCGCCGAACAGUGCAAUCGCUGCGUGCUGGUACCAGCCCCCAUGGUUUCUUACGCACCCCCGGUUUGGGGUGAAAUACCACAAGAGGCUUAGUCUUGUAAAGACUGAUUUUCCUUGUCCCUGGUAUUUAUAUAGGAAUUAGAAGAGUAUGAAUUAUUUGGCUCUUCCUUCCAGUGCACUUGAAACCCUUCUUGAUUUGGUUUUGCCUCAAGAUCAGGACCCAGUAGUGGCUUGCACAAACUUUAUCUUUGUGAACUUUUUACUAAAAACAGGGUAUGAGGUGCUUGCUCUUCCUGAUGCUCAGCAAAGCUUUUGGUACAGCUAGCAGCAUCUGAGCUGGAACUGCCUUUGCAAAGAAAGGUCGUACUUCGUACUGUGACUCCAAACACACCUGAUUUAACCUCACUUCCUAUGAAACAGUAAACUCAUGAGAAUGUGCGUGAAGCUGUCAGCCCCAGACCCUGCUUGUGAUUGAGUCUGACCAUAGGAAAAAGGGCUUUGUCCCCCCGCCAGCCCACGGUGAGUCCCCAGCCCUCCUCUGUGGUAGGGGAUGUCACACAAAGCCACCCCAACCUGGAUGUUGGGGGCUGGUGGAGGUUUGGCACCCAUCCCUUUUUCUUCCUUAGCUGUGGGGCAGGGGACUAGGAAGGCACAGCUGUAUUUAAAAAUAAGGAAAAAUGCCCAACCAAAGGAUGAAGGUGCUUGUGGCUCCCCAUGGUGCCAUGGGGGUCAGGGAGGUGGUGUGAUGCUGGGGGACAGACACUUUGCACUGGAGCUGCUGGCUCCGUCUUGCUUUGCUUCAUCUGGGGAGAAACUCCAGGUUGAAGAGGCAGCAGUGUGCUAGGAAUAAUCAGACUGUGAUGUUUGUAAUAUAUCAUCACCCUGGAUGCAACAAACUAUUUAAGUUUAAAAAAAAAUUAGAGUCUGCAUUGCCAUCCAUUUGUUCUUCAGCCAAAGCACCACAACUGAGGGCAUGAACCAAAACCGGGCAAUUACUGUAACCAAACCAGAGCUGAUGAAAGGUUUCUUCUUGUCUGAUACUGUAUCAGUAUGUAGCAAUAACUGUGAUACUACUAUUUUUUUGUAUGUCUGUUUUUAAAUUACACAUCCGUUUAGAAGCAUUGCCAAAUCCAAUGGUUUACUCGUGAACAUGCCACACACGGGCAGUCUGCAGCGGGCAGAAAUUAUUUGACCACUGACACAGGAAAAUGAAUAAGUAAUUUAUCCCAGAUCUGCUGUUCCUGGCUGCGAUCGCCCAUUUAGCAUGUAGGACCUGGACAGAAAGCUUGGCUUAGGAGACCUGGCUUCCCCUCCUGCCAGCUGGGCGGCUCCGGCAAGGCAGCAUCUGGGAUGCUGCUCUGCCCUGCCCAGUGCUCGGGGGAUUCAAAGGCUGUAGGUGUGCCAGAGCUGGGUGCUGCCAGGGUUUUGAAGGACCCAAGCUGCACUCGGGUCUUGUGGGGAUUUAGGUUUCUACCUGCCCACAUUGCAGCUUGGUUAUGCUGACCUUCCAAAUGUGAGCUGGCAUCAGGCACGGGGGCUUGGAUGCCUCCAGCUGCUGGUGGCUUUGGCAGGAGCUGGAGGUGCUUGGCCCCAGGUGAGGCCCAGCCUGUUACUGCGUGGCCAGACAGCAAACCCAGCCACGCAGCCACGAGCUUUCCCAACUGUGAACCAUCAGCUCUCCCCAUCCCCCCCGCCAGCACGCACUGUCUGCCUUGCACAUGCCCUGGCAAGGACACCUCCUCUGACCUAUGAAUUCAGGUGAAUCUCUUUGUAUAUUGUUUACUUGUUUGGAAAAAAAAAAAAAAAGAAAAAAAAAAGAAUAAGUUAAAUUUAAGUCUGUAGAAAUUAAUUUACAA